UGUAAUGAACAACAACAGGAGCACGAACAAGAACAACAAGUAGUAAGUUGACAGUCACCUCGUUGUAGAAUGUAGAAGUAGGUCAACACGAAUUGUAGAACAAGGAAGUUGUACGUUAUCGUUCUUAAUACUGUUUUUGGUUCUCUACUUCAGUUGUAUUAAAUUUGAUAUUGAUAUUCUACUUUCCCCUCAACAUCGAAUAUCGAUCAUCAGCACACAAUUAUAAGAACUAGCAAAAACAAGAGAAAAAAUGUCAACCUCCAAGACCCAAGCGGAGAAGGAUGAACUGCUUAUGCAGUUUUUGGGCAUGACAGAGGAAAGGGUGGACCCUGAGGUGGCUUCCCAACUACUAGAAUCAAACGAAUGGGAUCUUCAGCGUGCUGUAGCCAUCCUCUUUGAUGGUGGUGGUGUGUCGCCAGCUAGUGGGACUGGAGGUAGGUUCCUGGAUUCAUCUAGGCUUUGGUCGUUUACAGGUUUCUUUUUGAUGAUGAUCUACAAUAUUUAUGGUCGUUUUGGUGAACAAAAUCUGUUAUUAAAAUCGAACUAUAUGUGAAAAAGCAUUUGAAGUCUCGUGACGUCGGUGCACCUGGCAUCCCUGACGCGAUCGAGGCCAUUGAGCUGGAACUUGAGACGUGAGGUUAGCCUAUGUAUAUCUUUGUCACCUCACGUCCUCCAAUCACCAUGAGCACAAUAACACCUACAAUCUUCAGCCACUGGGAUGACGCAAUUUGACGCAGAGGCGGCUGCUGCCUUAGAUGCUGAUGAUCCCAUGACAGGCGGUGGCGGAGCUUUUUCGACAUCUCUAUUCGGCGGAGCGCCAGAUGCACCUUCAGCGAUUGGCAGAGCAGCUCCAACUAGCGGCGCCGGAGGACCUCCUGGAGCAGGGCCUGUUAUAAUAGAGGAGGACGAUGAGGAUUUCCGACGUGCCCUGGAGGAAUCUGCAAGAGCUGCUGGAAAUCCAGUGCCUGCGACGUCAACAACAUCUUCGUCGAUAACGAUAACCUCGUCUUCUACUGGUGCAGGAGGCCUGGACCAAACGACCAUGAUAUCCUCCACGACUACCUCGGGCGAUAGUUACAUCCCUAAUGCGUCAACGAGUCUGUUCGGAGGGCCAACACUGCAGCCUUUGUUAAGGGUCACGACAAUUCAUCUUAAGUAAGAAGCAUCUUUGAGCCCUUUGUUAAGGAGGGAACACGUCUUCGAAGAUGCACUUUCUUAGAGAUGAACAUCUACUUAUGCGUGAGGUCUAACUUUGAGUGCCGGACAGUUAGGCCUGUCAUCGGGGACGUCCUCAUCAUCGACGAGGCGGGCCACAGCAGAUGUGGGAGGUGGCGCGUCGAAUACUAUGGAUGGAUAAGAUUUAAAUCUACCAUCAUACUUUUCGUUUUCGAAAUGACUACUACCUCCGCUACUAUAAUGUGAGUAAGAAAAUUGUUCUUGGUAUAAUAAAGGAUGAACAACCGUCGAUUUCGAUUAGAGAGGUAGUACUACUCUAGUAAGUCCAUAGCUAUAGAGGAAGAGGAUUUUCAACCACGGCAACCUAGUACACGAUUAUGAAUCAUCUUCUAAGAAUCGCGGCACCUCAGGUGCCUCCACCUCAAAUGCGGACGCAGGUCCCACUAGUUUUGCGCAGAGUUUUUUCAGUAGUGCACCUGGAGGUGGCGCCAGUGCUUCAGGUGGAGCAGAGGGCGCGACACAAGAAGACGCAGAUGCGAUGAUGGCUAGAGCUCUGCAGGAAAGUCUGAACACAGGUGGCGCAGUGCAUCAAUCGGAAGACGAGCAGCUCAGGAGAGCGAUGGCUUUGAGUGCGAACGAGAAGGAAUCAUUGGAAAGACAGCUGUUGAAAGAGUACUUAGUUCUGCAGCAAACUUAGAUAUUUAAUGUAGUUGAUGACUUUUCAUACAACUUACACUUAAGUUUUUCUUCAUUUUCGAAUUCGAAAUCAUAAUCUUCAAGGAAUCUACUAGUCACAGUGGGCAUUAUAGUUUCCUCCAUGUUUAAGAUCUACUUCUUCGUCUUCGAAUUUACUCCUCUUUAUUUGAACCACGACCAUGACCUCAGAGAACAAGACGCGGCCUUAGCAGAAUCUGCGUUAAUGGACCAGAUGAGAGAAGCGCAGGAAAAAAGUCUAAGGGAAGAACAGGAACGCGAACGCAGAAAUGCAGCCGAGGCCGCAGCGAAAGUAGAAUUGGAAAAAGAGAAACUGUACUACCAUAUUUUUACUUAUCUAACCAACAAGCUCGUCUUAACAUGCAGUCCUCAUGAUGAUUGAAAGUACAAUGAACUUGAAUCAUGAUAUAAUAAAACUAAAAUUUGAGAACUUCAAGUUCAACUACUUCUACACUAACAUCAAACAGCAUCCUUUCAUCACUGUAAAAAACUCAACAGCGAGGCACGCGUGCGUGGCUUAGCCGCUGCGUUACCUCCAGAGCCAGAAGCUGGCAAUCCCGAUCGCCUGGCCCUCAUGUUCCGUUUACCCAACGGAAAAAGUGUGAAGAGAGCAUUCUCUAAGAAUGACAAGGUGUCGCAUUUGUACGACUUCAUAGACAGUGUGCUGUUGGACGCUGGUGAAAGGGAGACCAUAAACGACUACAAGCUCACCAGCACGUUCCCACGCAUGACGAUCGAUCAGUCGGAUUUGCUCUUGUCGACGACGAAACUCGAAAAUCAGACAGCACUGAUGCUGCAAAGAAACAGCUGACACUACUUCUAGCCAGCACGUGCGUGGUGGUGAUUUCCGAAGAGCUAUACUGAAGAAGACUCUUCUAACCAAUCACGCAUAUGCAUAAGACCCAUAGAAUCUGCCUCAUUCACUUUUCUUUUGAUUUUUUGAAAUCUUUCAUUCCUCACGACUACAACGAACACGAGAAGAAGCAUCGACAUACCGACAUGGCUUGAGCGGCAGUCUUGUUGGAUAUUACUUUCUUGCUCGACAUACAAGUUCAUGAUCAUCCAAGUUCCGCCAAAAAUUCGAAUGCUGCUAAUGGAUAACAAGAAAGAAAGCCGGUAAGCCAGAAACCUGUACUAUAGAUAUCUGUCCCGGGAGUCGUGAGGAACAAGAUCUUAGUGAUUUCCACUCGUAAUUAAGAGUCUGUU